AUGAUAUUUUUUCCUGAGACUGGGGAUAUCAACGCUCCUCCGGCUUCCCCUUUCCAUACCUUCAUGAAUCGAUUUACUCGGUCAAACAUUUAUCCUCAGUCUGACUUAGAGUCGGAUUCGAAUUUUUCUAUUCCUAUGCAUACGGAGUAUAAAUCUGCCUUUGGUGCUCCUGGUAGCAAUCCUGUCUCCUGGUCUGGUGAGGUAGCUACAUCUCAAGAUUCACUCCAGAAUGAAGUGGAUAUUCAGACUGGUGACAGUAGUGUCACUUUGAUUAUUCAUAAUUCUGACAGACCUUCCGAAGAGCACAUCUUGUUCCCUACGACCACUUCUGAUAGAGAAGCGGAUUAUUCUUCUGUUGAAUCCAAGGGCCCAAUUUCAAUAGCGGACCAGCAACUUUCCCCUGACAAUUCUGAUUAUUCCCAUCAACCAUCUCUUUGGACAGCUGUCCCAGUUAGCUAUUCAGAUGACACAUCAACAAGUCAAAGGGAAUGUGUAACCUCUUCUAUAUCUGCUAACGCCACGACAUCAGCACCAGAAAUGGAAAGCAAUUUGUCUGCCAUAUCAUCUGGCACAAGGGUGGUGUCGUCCUUUCUCGCUCCUAAC